AUGGCAUACAACACAUCUUACCUCUCGUCCCCUGACACUCCCUCUACCGUUUUCCCCGAGCGACUGAUUCGGCCACUCCCCAAACGGUCCAUCAAGUCCAGGUUGUCUCAAGAGGCCGCUGAAGCAAUCACGUAUCCUCCUACGCUGCCCUCAACCAGCUUGCUGUCAUAUGCCCACUAUGGUGAAAAUGGCGAAUAUCCGAAUGACAGCAAAGUUUUAGUGCACCAACACAGUGACGGGUAUGAUCAAGAUCAUGACCACGACCACGAAGACGAUCACGAAUGUCCUCACCACCACCACCAUUGCCACCACGAUGAAUACGAAGAUGACCUCGACUCUCAAGACGAGCGCAUGGUUCCUGUCCGUCGCUACUUUGUGUCUCCUCCGCGAUCUCCCCGCACUGGGCGUCAUAGAUACUCUUCUAAGGGCACCAUCGCUGGGCCGGACGGAUAUGAAGCGUUUGAGAACACCAAUAACAAGAAAAAGCGAAAGAUUCCCACAUCUGGCAGUUUGAGCCUGCAUCAUUCAUCCGUGACGGACCAGUUGGCGCACAUGGGAAUCAGCGGAUCGAGAGAAGGCUCUGCAGACGAUUCUUAUUCAACAAUCGCUAACGCCGGAAGCCCUCCUACUGGCCUCGGCGUCCAAGGAGCCGGGAGAGGUCGCAGCGCAAGAAAGCAUCCGGGUCGAAACCCCCUUGGUAUCUCGGUUAAUGGCUCGAACGCUCGAGGUAAUACUUCCAAGUAUGACCAGAACAUGUCUGCCAACGCCAAAGCCGAAGAAUCUAAAGAUCAAGGCAUCAUAUCUGCCGCCAUUGCCAAUGCCACGGCUCUGCUUCGCAAGCCACUCGGUAAAGGCCAAGAGAAUGUGGGCGUCCUAGACCAACAAGUCAAGCAGGCCCAUACCAGUUCGCAGUUUACCUUUACAUGCGAGAGCGAGGCCAAAGGAGUGACCUUCCCCGAGCAAAGCUUAUACUCGCCGGGUUACGCCCAACGGAACAAUCUGGCUCCGCCAGCUCCGGGCGCAACACACCAAAAGGUAUCAACUCAAGCGACCCAGACCAGUCCGGGCGUGGUUCCGCCAAACACGCAACCAGCACCCGCGGCUCCCACUGCCGCCAAUGCAAAUGCCCAAGGCAAGAAGCCUCGCCGAAGGCGAGCAGACGUGUAUGCUUUGGCCGCCAAACAGAGAAAGCUGCAGCAAGAAUACAACAAUCUGCAACAUCCGCCGGCCCCCGAGGACAUCUGGAUCUGCGAAUUCUGCGAGUACGAGAGCAUUUUUGGUGAACCUCCGCAUGCAUUGAUUCGUCAAUACGAGAUCAAGGAUCGCAAGGAACGGCGCCGGCUAGCCGAGAAGAGGCGGUUACUAGAGAAAGCCAAGCUCAAAGGCAGGAAGGGAAAAAAACAAAAGGCCACGUCCAAAGCCUCCGCCAACUACCAUGGCCCGCUUCAUCCUCCGCAGGCAUAUGAUAACCAGCCACUGGACCAGCUUGGCGACGACGAUUUGGAUUACGGCUACGAUGACCCGGUCCCCAUGCCGCCACCAACAGCCAGUGCCCCGAGCAAGGCUGCUCCGGCGCCAUCAGACGCGACAACAGACAAGGCUGGGGGAACAAAUGGAGGUGGAGGGACACGAUGA